ACUAGCGCGCAGUUAGUCAGGGAGAAGGGCCGCCGCCAUCAUGUAUCGGACGCCGAUGCGACGCGGCCUCUCUCCGGAUUCCCCUCAGGACGUGUACCGGAACGCCUCCGCCUCUCCCUCUCGCAAUGGACGGUCCCGCCGCUCCUGGUCCCGGGGUCGCUCGCGCUCUCCGCCCACGAGAGGCCGAUCUCCCGCCGGACGGCGAUCUCGAUCCCGGUCUAGGCCCGGCAGACCCCGCCGAUCCAAAUCCAGAAACCGCUCUAAAUCCAGAAACCGCUCUAAAUCCAGAAACCGCUCUAAAUCCAGAAACCGCUCAAAAUCCCGAAACCGAUCCAAAUCCCGACACCGCUCCAAAUCCCGGCCCCGCAAGCGCCUUUCCAUCUCCCCGUACGGGCGUGACCAGCGCCGCCGCUCGCCCAGCUUUGGGAGCCGCUCAUCGCGAGGGUCCCGCUCCCCCGACCGCAAUCGCAGGUCUCCAGCACGUUCUACGUAUUCCACGGAUAGCCCACGCCGUAAAGAGGAGCCUCUGCCCAUGCCCAAGAAAUCCAUUUUAAAGAAGCGUACUGAUGUGGAAGUCCUCAGCCAGGACAAUUCUCAGGAUUUAUGUGACGCCAAAGGUUUACGCAGCACUUUACAUCAUGAGGGCAGACAGUACAGAUGCAAUACAAUUCAAAACAGGAAGAAUCCGGGGGAACCGCUGCCUGUUGACAGCUAUUCAAGUCUGAGCAAUGUUGGCACUGCGCUCCCAGGAGACAUGAGGACCAGUCAGAUCUCUCAAUCUUCGCUUGUAACUGGGAUUUCUUCUUCAGCAGCAGGAGGGCUUGCCAGCAACGCCCCUCUGAACCCUUCCACAGCAAUUGACCCCCUAAACAGGGCACAUGCUUCUUCUGCGGGCAAUUUUUUGGGUUUGCGCAACACAGAAUCUUCUGGUGUUCCUUUUGGCUCUCCGACUUCUUUUCGAAACGCCAAGGAAGUCGGUAAAGGUCCAUCUCUAGGGGACGGCUAUUUGCCAUUGCAUGAUCCGGCGAUAUCACAGAUGACAUUGGCAAGUUUCCCUGAUCAGAAGCAGGAACAUAAGAGGAGCAUCGCGGAAAUUGAAGAGGAGGAGAGAUUUUUGUACGGGGAUGAGGAGAAGACGACCCCUGAGCCCAGCAAUGAGCCACCCAAGCAGACUCCACCGAUUCAAACGGCACCCAAGCAAACCCCACCAGCGAACGUUCCCAAGAAUCCUCCCAAGAAUACUCCCGAUGAGAAGGAGUAUGCCAAGAUCCAUGAUCUGCUAAAGACGAUCGGACUAGAUAUCGGUGUGGCAGAGAUUGGGAAACUUGCCGUGAGGACUCAAGAGCGGCUUCAUGGAAAGAAAUUGAUACCAAAAGUACCACAGACCCCACCCCAGCAGCCCCCCCAGCACACCAUCGCAAGUCCUUCUGAAUCCAAGGCCAAACCUGAAGCAGAACAGAAGGUUGUGCCUAAAGUAGCGGUACAAACCGCGAGACCUGCACAGCCGCCCGUGACAGAAAAGCCUGCAUCGGUUGCUCAGCAGUCGGCACCGACCGUCAAAGAGAAGACGCCACCUGUAACACAGAAGACGGCUGCCAAAGAGCAGAGCCAGCCUGCAUCCAAAAUAGAGACAAUAGGGAAAUCGAUUAGUACUGUGCAGUCAUCCAGCGUUGGCUCAGUCCAGGCAAUCGGCACUGUGCAGUCAAUUACCACAGUUCAGUCACCCCCGGUUUUAGUUCAGCCACCCCAAGUUGCUCCAGUCCCAGAGAUGACCCCUCCUCCUAUAAGCCCCUCCCAGGUUCCUAUGUAUUCUCCAUACAACCCCUCCCCAAUGAUGCACAACUUUGCAGUCCCCCCUCCCUCAUUUAACCCAUAUUCGCCUUAUGCGUCAUACCCAACGCCCAACUGGACAAUGUAUCCCCCACCACCAGUUCACCAGCCACCUCCUCCCACUCAUAUACCACCUCCAGUAUCUUCCCCUCAUUUACUUACCCCUCAAACUCCACCUAACCACCGCGGCAACCUACGCGUCAUCGAAACAAAUGCCGAUCUUGAGACCGCAGCAAAUAAUGACCCGAAAACCCCAACUUCUGCGGCCACGGUGCUGCUGGCCAAACACGAAGCCGAACGUAGAAUUAAAGAAGCCGAGAAGCUAAAGGUGCUGGAUGAAUUGGAUGGACUCAAGGAGGAGCUGAAAGGCAAAACCUUAAGCUUGGAGAAUCUAAGCACAAAGGUGGAGCAGCUGCGUACACAGCAUGGGAUUCUCCUGCGGAAGAAGCGUCGGGAAAAAGAUGGUCACAAGGACCCUCUCCUGGAGGAGCUGAGCAAUGUUACGGAUAGUGCCCGCAGGCAGAUCUGCUCUCUUCACAAGGAAAUUUCCGAUAUCAAGCAGAAGCAACAGCAGUUGGUCAAGGUGGCGGAGAUCCUGGGUGCUACCCCCAUGGAUUUUGAAGACAAAAAGGAAUCUUAUAAAGAACGGGAAAAGAGCCCUCUCUCUCCUCGGGACUCCAGUACUGAUGCAAAAUCCAGUGGAAGCAUCAAGGAGAAAAACGACUCGAAGACGAGCCAGGACUCCAAAGAGAGGAGCGACUCAAAUUCCAGCAGAGACUUAUCACCUGCAACCGACAAAAAGGCUGACGUUAAGCCCAAGGGCAGAUCAGGUUCUUCAGGGGACGUUUCCCCUUCCACCAGCACUCGCUCGUCAGCAAAGGCAGAAGACGACGUAAAGCCUAAACGAUCUUCAAAAUCCCCAAAACGCCGCUCUGACAGGAGUAGCAGCUCGUCUAGCAGCUCGUCUAGCUCGUCAAGCUCUGACGAAAUCUUGACAUCACGGGACAAGCCCAGGUCGAAAAGUCCACGGUCUAGUGCUCCUCCUUUAAAGGUCUCCCCCAAGAAAGAGGACCCGCCUCCUUUUGAGGGCGGGGACAUUUUUGAGUAUUAUGAUUCUGGUGGACAUUGGUGCGAGGACUGCAAUAGCGUGUGCAUGAAUGUACUCGAAUUUCUCCUACAUUUCCACGAAAGGAAGCACCAUGAGAGUUUGAAGCAACCGCAAAGGCCCUGGGUGAAGAACAAAGAGCCUGAAGUCAAUAGUCCAAAGAAAAAUAAGACAAAUGUCCCUCUGAAAGGUCCAGAAUUCAUGGUUCCAACUAAAGGCUACUACUGCUCGCUUUGCGAACAGUCCUUUGCAGAUCAUGUACAAGCUGAUGAACAUCUCCGAACGUAUUCUCACAAUGAAAAAUUCAAGAAAUAUACAGAUGAAAACUCCAAGUAUGAAGUGUCUCGUCGCGAGAGAAAAAAGGCCAGCUUGUCCGCAGCGCUUGAGGCAUCGCGCAAGCAAGCAGAGCAGAAACGUAAAAUGCAGAAUGAAGAGCACAGCCGAUCAAAGAAAGCAAAGAAAGACCAUGAGGUGGACAAGAGCAACAGCAGGCACAGAUCACACGCAUCAAGCCAGCCGGUCAAGACUGAUCCAAAACGGAGGUCUAAAACCCCAGAUAAAGAGUCAGUAAAAGCCACCGCAUUUGGAACGUUUACAUGGAAGCCAACAGAUGACAAAAAUCAAGCGGCUGGUAACACAGAAAAAGUUGAGGGGGCAGCAGUGAAAGAAGAGGAGGCCAAAGGACAAAACGCCAAGUCAAAGGGAAUUGAAAUUAAGCUUCUGGGUAAACCCAGCAAUUCCCAUGGUACUCCAUCUUCAACAACCUCCACACUGAUCACCGAUUCCAUCGCUGCCUCUUUUGUCGCACCCGGUUCUUCCAAUGCCCCACGUAUAAAAGUUAGACCAAACCUACCAGUUCCUUUGGCUCUCCUAAGAAAGUCAAACAUGACUGUAAACAAGCCUGCCCCUCUAAACACGUUCCUGUCCAUAAAGUCUGCUGAUGCUAUAUCCAAAUCCUUACCCGUAGUCACAAGCAGUGCUCAGACCAUUCUGUCAGAAGAUAUUGUUUCUAAAGCUUUUGAAGGUAAAGAGGUGGUUUUAAAAGGAACUCAAGAAACCAAACCACAUCCAACACAAACGGUCACAAAAAAGGAGGAUGCUAAUCAGAAUAUAGUACCGAUUCCAAAGCCGCCUGAAACCACUACUACAUCCCAGCCAAAUAAGAGCAGUGGGUUGUAUGAUAUGCUGUUUAAAAAGGUACCCGCAGAUGCUCCUCAGCAGAGUGCUAAAGCGAAGGCUGGACAAGGCAGUAAAGCAGCACCUUCUUCAAAACACGAAUCAUCCCCAAAUACCUCUAAAACAGGUUCAAGCAAUUCCAGUAAGUUAGCAGAGAGCAAAAGUUCUGAGAAACGUCAGCAAGAAAAACACACUUCACAGUCGAGUAAAAGUUCAGGCCAUGCAGCAGCUCCUCGAAAAUCUGAGCCUCACAGUAAGAAUGUUUUACCUGAGCCAGCUAAAGGAGUUGCAGGCAGUUCAACGAACAGUACAUCAAAAGUUCAGAAACUAAUCGGGCCCUUUCCAAAGAAGGAGAGGAGCCCUGUAGAAACAAAGACUGGUUCUAAACCUGAAAAAACAGCUUCUCAGGCUGGACAGAGUCCUUCUCUGUCAAUGAACCCGCUGACCGGUCGGCUUGAGUAUUCUAUUCAAGUUUCCAAACCUAAGGAAACGUAUAAAAAGAAAUCCCGGGAGACGUAUAACAGCAUGAAACCCCCGGCAACGUAUAACAAGAUGAAACCCCCGGCAGCGUAUGACAUGAAAUCCCCAGAAACAAAUAAAAUGAAACCCCUGGAAACAAAUAAAAUGAAACCCCUGGAAACAAAUAAAAUAAAACCCCCAGAAAUGAAUAAAAUGAAACCCCCAGAAAUGAAUAAAAUGAAACCCCCGGAAAGUACUAAAACAAACCCCCCAGAAGCCCAAAAAGUUUUGGAUAUAAAACAAAUGCGUUCAGUAGUGAUACCUGUUGGGCCACCAAAAACCCUUUUUAAUUCAACUUCCAAACUGAACCAAAAAUUUAAAAGGGAGCCGUUGUCUCUGCCCACCUCUUUGUUUGGUCACCUAUCAGACCCAGGCUGCAAAGACAUAAAAAUCACACAUAUUGCAACUCCGAAACCCACCACUGAUAUGAGAAAAUCUACAGAAAGUGGGCCUUCCCCCUGUAGUGAUUCUACCGGUAACCAAGCAAUGCAGCAAGAACUUGAAUCCUACUACAAACUAAUAGCUACUGAAGAAGAUCCUGCAGAUUUAAUACCUUCUGAAGACGAAGAUCCGGAAGCAGAGGUUGCAAGUGCUCCACACAAGGUGGAUAUUCCAGAAAAGAAGAUGAAACUAGAGAACCCUCCUCCAGCCAUGAAGGCAUCUGCUAAUCCCACGGUGCCCGAUGUGGCCAGUGAAGAUGUUGAUGAUGCUGAUAUGGCCUGCGAAGUCCCUGAGAACCCUGCAAGUAACUUUUCCACCUCAGGUCUGGGAAUGGUACAAUCCAGUUAUAGUUUUUCCCCAUCCUUCGGCUCCAAAUUCAGGCAACCUUCUAACUACUCGCGUGGAACGAUUUUAAUGGAUAGAGAUUAUACCAAAAAACCGCCAACGAGCGCUCCUUCAACAAGUUACUCCAUGGCAGAAUUGGAGGCAUUAACCACGUGUGACUCGGAUUAGACCCGUGUCCUGCAUUUGGAAUGCAGUUUAUCCAUUUAGCAUCUGAAGGAGUAACUGAUGAGGACACAGGAUGUUUAAAUGUGUAAAUAUGAAGUUGUCUGCCAGAGCUUUACCAGUUACAUGAUGACUUUUCUAGACUCAUUUGUUUAGUUGUGUGCUGGUUUAUGUUGGCAAUAUUUUUCUUUAAGUAAAAUGUGGCUGAAUGUUUUUUGUUAACAUUUUGUUCAUCAGUUUGUAUUUACUUUGACAUAAUUUCUUUAAUGUUCAUAAAAAUUCUUUUUUUUUUUUGGCUUGUAAGUAAUUCUGUAUGUAUAUUUUCUGAUAGAUGAUCUUAUAUUCCAUGGCAGUUUUGAAAAUUACUCUCCUGGUCCCUUUUUUUUUCCAGUUACUCACAUCAAGCUUAGAUGUGUGAUGAUUUUUAGCAGAGUCUGCUCUUGGAGGUCCAGGAGAACCGGCUUGUAUUUCUUAUUUGAAUUGCUGUAAAUAUUCCCUGUUGGAUUGCCUUUAUAGACUUGUCUCAAUGUUAGGUUACAUGUUCUUUUUAGCUGAUAUGCUUGCAUGUUUCCAUAUUAUCUCAGAUGUUCCACGGACUGAGAAUAAUGAAGGACAUCCUGCCAUAUCUGGUAAGGUUACAAAUGAGUGGGCACUUUUUUUAUUUUGUUUUUGUUCCCCUACAGGACCUGUUGUAUUACUUGAUUUAUGUCCACAGAUGACUGCAGAGUUGCGACAAUAAUAUGCUUUUCGCUCGCUGUUCCUGGUCCUUGCCAACAGCAAAAGGUGGCCUGUGGAUUUGGCUCUUGUGUGUUUUUUUUUUUUUUUUUUUUUCCUAUUUUACAAAAUGCAUAUUGAAUCAUGUGUUUCAAUUAAAAGUGAUCCAUAACAAUUCA